AUGGAAGAACCCCAAGAGAUUUUCUCAACUAUUGGUGGUGGUGCAAGUGAUAUAGUUAUGGAAAAAUACCUGAUUGAAUCCAAGGAGUCCGCAUCUCAUGUUCAACUUGCUUGCAGUGAGCAGUACUGUGCUUUCCCUUUAGAUGGGAAUAAACUUUGCCUAUGGAGUGCCAAGGAUCCUUCUCAUCAGCUGCUGAUCCUACAAGGACAUCAUCAGUCAAUUACUGCUGUGGCUUUUGGAAAUAAGGUGACUCCACUUCUAAUCUGUUCUGCAUCACAGGAUUAUAUUAUAAUGUGGAACCUGGAUGAAUGUAGAGAGAAAGCACUUCAAGCCUAUCCUCUUCUAAGUAUGUUCAUCGAUGCAGAGAGUAAGCAGCUGAUCACAGGGUGUGCUGAUGGCCAGCUUUGGAUCUUCAGUUUGGUUGAAAGACACCACUACCGUUGUAUGGCACGUGUUAACCUCCAGAAGAAGAGAGAGAGCUUCUUCACCAGGAGGACUCUGUCUGGGCUGUGCAGUCAGCCAGAAGAGCAUCAGUUUCCUUCUGUGGAUGAACUGGGAGAGGAGAUUGAAGUAGCAUUUCCUGUCCUGAGACUUGCACCCUGUGAUCUUUCACUCACUCUAAAUUCUGAGUGUGGAUUCCUUCCUGAGAAAACCAAAUGUGUGUGGAUUGGAAGCUCAGCUGGUUUAUUCAUAUUUAACUUGGCAAGCCUUGAAUUGGAAGCUGUUUUGUACUACAAGGAUUUUAGGAGCCUCAGCAUCCGUGUUGCUGGAUCGUGUGCCGUGAUGAGUGAGGCCAGUGGUCGUCAGGCACUCUGCUUGCUGACGUCCCUGUUUGGAAGGCAGAUCACUGUGGUGGAGGUCAACCUGGCCGCGUUGCUUGGGGCGCAGUUCCCCCACAUGGGAAGGCAUCUUUCGGUGCUCACCAGCUCCUGUGUCCUACCAACCUCUCCACUGUGUCUCAGAAUUGUUGAGGAAAAAAGUGCUAAGCCUGCUAGCCAAAAAAGAUCUGCUGCACAGAGUCAUCUGAAGGAUCAGCCCCUGGUUUUCCACAGUAAAGUGAUGUCGUCUGGCUACACAUCAGCACCACAUGUAACCAUGUUUUCACCAAAGACUAACAUCAAGAAUGAGGGUAAAAGAUCUUCAAAAUGCAAGAACAAUUAUAAAUGUGAGGCGUACCCUUUGGAGUGUUCUCUACCAACCACACUCAGUGCACAGGUCUCUGCGACCUGUGGGCCGGUCACUGUGGGCUGUGUCCAGUACUCAGGAGACGGACGGUGGCUGGCCUGUGGCUUGGGCAACCAUCUGUCACUGGUGUUUGAGGCCAGCCUGAUUGGGACGCCUGCUGUGUUUUCAGGUCACGAUGGAGCAGUGAACGCCAUCUGCUGGAGUCAAGACUGUAGAUGGCUGCUGUCUGCGGCCCAGGACAGUACUCUGAGAGUGUGGUCAGCGCGCAGGGCAGAGCUUGUGCUACUUCUGGGCAAAAGCAUGUUUCCUAAGCCCGUGCAAUCAGCACAGUUUUAUUACAUGGAUGCUUUCAUGUUGCUGUCUUCUGGCCCCGAGCUCCAGCUGCUGAAGCAUCACCUCAAUACCUGCAAAGAUGAGAUGAAAAGAUAUAAACAGAAGAGCAAGGCCAAGCCUGUGUGUAGGCUUUCCAUGACCAAUGCAGUGGAUGUGACCAGUUUAUCAGCAGUGAACGACUUUUAUUCCUACAUUGUACUCGCAGCUGGCAGGAACAGAACCUUGGAAGUUUUCGACCUCAAUGUCAGCUGCAGUGCAGCAGUGGUAGCAGAAGCCCAUUCACGGCCUGUCCAUCAAAUUUGCCAAAAUAAAGGAUCAGCAUUUACAGCCCAACAAUUCCAGAUGUAUAACCUUUUCCUGACUGUGGCCAUUGGUGAUGGGAUAAAACUGUGGGACCUGAGAACACUGAGGUGUGAGCGCCGCUUUGAAGGGCACCCAAAUCGUGGCUAUCCAUGUGGCAUCGCCAUCAGCCCCUGUGGGCGAUUCGUGGCUUGUGGGGCCGAGGACAGACAUGCUUACGUGUAUGAAGUGGGCUCAAGCACCUUUUCUCACCGACUGGCAGGGCACACAGACACCGUCACCCAAGUGGCCUUCAACCCCUCAGUGCCCCAGCUUGCCACAGCCACCCUGGAUGGCAAACUUCAGCUGUUCCUAGCAGGGUAAUUGCUAACCUGAGAACUGGCCCAGGAGUGCUGAGAGGAUGCUGGGAUGAAGGAAGAAGCCGUUCACCUGUCUCGGGGCCUACAGCAGUGACUGUCUUUAUGGGUUGGGCCUUGUUUUGGAUUCCUCCUUUCACUCCUGCACCUUGUGUGUGACACUGUCACUUUUGAAGACUUUCUGCCCCUCACAAGAGACCCCUCCCUGAAAAGAUGGAAAAGACAUCCAGUGAUUUAGCACAGAAUAUUCUUCAAUAAAAAAUAAUACAGAA